GAUUAAUCCCUCUUAUCAGUCAGCUGAUUGUCGGCCCUGACCAAAUUUUUGUGAGAUAAGCGAAAGAAUUGCCUGGUACGCUUAUCGCUUGACAGUUUCCCAGCAGCUGUGAGCGAAGAUGGAAGAACUCUUCAAUAGUUCCAAAUUACUAAAGCAUUGGCCUAGCAUUCUUCUAGGUCUUCUUCUUGCUUUGACCUUUAAAUACAUUAAGGAAUAUAGAAGAAAGCGAUCUAAAAAUGUCAAGUUGGCUGGUGAGGAAGAUAUUGCAGUUGACUUUCCACUCGAAGAUCCGGAUGCACUGCAGCCAGCUUUGGAGGAGAAACCACAUGUGCCCUUUGUGCAGGGAGAGAAUCUCAAUCCCGAUGGCGCUCGGCGUUUCUACGAACUCGCUCGUGGUCGACGCAGCGUGAGAGCCUUUAAUGCCGAGAGAAAACCCCCAAUUAAUAUAAUUGAGGAUUGCAUUCGUGCGGCGGGAACAGCGCCAAGUGGAGCACACACGGAACCCUGGACAUUUUGUGUUGUGCAACAGUUGGCGGUGAAGCAAGCGGUGCGUCAAUUGGUGGAGCAGGAGGAGCACAUCAACUACAGCACACGAAUGCACGCACAGUGGGUGACUGACCUGCGACCCCUGCAAACGAAUGCAAUUAAGCCAUAUCUAAGUGAUGCCCCCUAUCUCAUACUGAUCUUCAAGCAAACAUAUGGCACAACUGCCCAAGGUCGCAAGAAGCUGCAUUACUACCAUGAAAUAUCCACAUCUAUUGCCUGUGGUGUCCUACUGUGUGCUCUCCAAGCAGCUGGACUCUCCUCCCUGGUCACAACGCCCCUGAACUGCGGACCUGCCUUGCGGCGAUUGCUUGAAAGACCCGCCAACGAGAAACUUUUAAUUUUGCUUGCCGUUGGCUAUGCUGCCGAAGAUUGCAAGGUGCCAGAUUUGCAACGCAAGUGCCUUCAAGAUAUUAUGGUGAAAUAUUAAAAAUGUAACACACUUUAAAUACAUUUUAAAA